UCCACCAUCUCUCUCUCUCUCUCUCACGUCCCACAGUCUAUUUAAUUGAGCCGCUGUCCCUCAAGUCAAAUCGAGAGGAAAACGUAACUUAUUUUGAAACCCUAGUUGAUUUUGCCCCUCAACAAUCCAUGUAUACGAUUGUUUCUCCGGAUUUGAGCCGUUUCCCUGCAAUUUAAUGUAAAAUAUAUGUAGAGUUGUAGUUACUGUUGCACGCAUCAGUUGCGCUUAGGACGAGAACGGGAUGACUAAGGUCGCUGUGGCCGCUCAAUUGCCUGCGUCUAAUGAUCUUCAUUUUGGCGGCGUGGCUGGCGGAGGUGGGGCAUCUAAGAUCUCAACCACCACAUUGAAGCGAAAAACUCCAUCUGAGUUGCGGGGGGAACUGCUGAAGCUUAAGAAUCCAGUGGAGUUUGCAGAUGAAUCUCCUUCCAUUCCUAGUUUCACGAGAAAUGCAGAUGGAGCAGUUUCUGGAGCCAGCAAAUCGGACUCUUCGAAAAUACCACGAUUUAUACGAAUGGAUGAACAUUUUCCAGUGACUAAAAUCAGUAGGCUGCUUCCUAGAAAGGGAACUUCUAAGGAUGAUCUUCCUAGCAAGUGCGUCAACAACAUGAAACAUUCAAGUUUCCCAGUGGAACUAGAUGAAAAACAAGGGCAAAACUUGUGUGUGGAUAAUGUGGAUUCAGAAGGUGGAAAGCACUCUUCCAAUCAAAAUAACAACUCAACUGGAAAAUGCAUUCAUAAUACUUUUAGAAGUGUUAAAGAGCUAUCACUGGGUGGUGAAAAGUUAAAUGGCUCCUCAUUUGUAGAUAUGGGUAAAGCAUUGAGAGGACUUGUUUCAUGUGAAUCUCGUGCUGUUUCAGCUCCACUUCCCGAGUCUAUAGAUAGAACAGGAAAUAUUGUGUCACAUAGCUUUUGUUCGGAAAUCCAUAUAUCUGGGCCCAAGAUUCCGCUUGAUUUAACCCUUAAAACUUCCAUGAGAUUGCAAUCUUCAAUCCCUGUGAUUUGGUUUCAUAGGUUAAUUAAUGUCACCACAAAAAGUAGGGGUCUAUUUUCAAACGUUGGUUAUCAAAUUCCAGGUGUUACCUGCUUGUCAGAACCUACCUCCACAAGCCAAUCCGGUUCAUGGAUGUAUCCUCAAUCCACUUUACCUCAGGCAGCUAUAUCAGCAUUGGCAUCUGCGCCAGGAGGGAAAACAGACUUCCUAAGCAAACGGCAGCAGGCAUGGGAAGAUUCAUUUCGAAGUCUUUACUACAUGCUAAGGAAGAAAAUCUGUAAACUCUUUUAUGUGUGCUGUCCUCUGUUCGUAGUUAUGUUCACUGCAUAUGAUGGUGCGAGCAAAAUCAGGUCCUCUUGCUAUGCAUAUGUAUCUCAGUCGACAAGAAACUUAAGGUCACUUCUGAAAGAACAUGAUGUUUCUUUCUCAAUGCCUCUUUGUUCCUCUAAAUUAGAAGAAGUUACUGCAGAAGACAUUGUUGAACUUUCUCAUAUUGAGAAACACAAUCUUGGCCAGACUCGAGCUAUAGAGUCCUUGAUUGGCGUUGAUAACACUCCACAAUCCCUACUGAUGUUCAGUGGGAAUAAGAAUGUACAUGCGUUGUAUGAUUUUCUAUUGAAUUACAGAUCUUUCUUAACUUCUUUGAAUGGUGGUGAUGUCCCUGUGCUGUAUUCACCAGUUCCUUUUGAGAAUGCCGCUCUUUCGACUCCUGAGGUUAGAUGCAAACAGGUAAGGAGGAUUGACUAUUUGUCUUCUCGGCUAAAGAACUCUAAUACAGACAGCGAACCUAAAAGUUCGGGUAGUGGAAUAUGCUAUAGUGUUGAAAUCAAGGAUGCAUAUCUUCCUCCAUGGGUCAUUUCUGGCAUUUGCAAUGCUAUGCUAUCUAAUGGAGGUGACUUUGAAGCCAGUUUUUCGACUGAGUCGACCACAAAUGGUUUGAAUGUUGGUCUAGACGUAAUAAUCAAGGACCACCAAUCAUCUCACCUAGCUGCAUUUGAUGAACAAUUGCGAGAAAAUGAUAAUUCUUUUAGUAUUCCAAAUACGACUGUCUCCUUCCAGAGAAAUUCGGGCUUUAUGAAAGGACUGAAGUAUGGUGAUGGUUAUUACACAGCAUUUCUAUCUCCGAUUGAGUGAGGAUGUAAUGCGUGUGUUUUGACCAACUUGCCCUUUGUAUGGGCUUCAUAUUGUUUUAUGCAAUGCUAAUUUGUUUUUGAUUUGAUUUGAUUUGAUUGUAUAGCUCAUUAAACCCUUUCGAUUUGAAAAUGGAGAAGGUAAAACUGUAUAUUUUGAAUGCAGAUCUGUAAAAAUUGGGAACAGAUGUAUGUAACUCUGACAUUAGGCCGUUAAAUUGAAUGGCUGAAUUCAUUUUGAGCUACUGCUAGUGGGCAUUCACUAUCUAUGAAUCUUCUGAAUAUAAGAACUCGUUAAAUUGAU